GAGGCAGCAGGGACACAUGGAAGGGUUUUAAGCUAGGAAAGGAUGUUUCAGGUUGGGUUCCCUAGAAGCACAUGUUAAAAGGAGGAUUUGUGUCCGAGUGAUUUGUGAGAAAGUGCUCCCAGAAGGGAGUAGGGGAAGUGGGAAAGGGAAGGGCAGGAGGCCAGGCAAGAGAGCUAAGCUCCACAGUCAUUGAUGGACUCCUCCACUGGACAAUCAUUCGUUUAAUGUCCCUAUUUGAGUGGGGUUGGGGAGGUACUUAAAACUCGCUGGCUAAGAACUUCUGUUUUCAUCUCUUCUGAGGCAAAAUAGCUCUAUUAGCCUGAGGGGCAGUUCGCCAAACAGGCCUCUGGUUGCUGGCUUUUGAAAGCCCAUCAAAGGAAAUAUGAGCACAGAGAAGCAACAAAAAAAGAUUCUAGGGGAUCUGGGUGAAUCAUCUACAUAGUUCUAGGGGUGGGUGGAGAGUGGGAAAAGGUACUACAGUUUUCAUUUUUUUUUUCUUGCCUUUUAUUUCUUCUGUUUCAUAUGCUGCCAGACAACUGGCAUUUACUGCUCCCCCCAAACUCCUUUAUUCCCCAAAAGCCAAGUUACCAGCACUUCCUACUGCCAUCCCUCACAAAUACUUAGACAUUUCCUGAUCUAUAACCUCAUCCUUAGGGCUUGAGCAUUACACCCCUCUUAGAAUUGUUUCUAAGCCCAAUAACCAAAUUAUAAGUCAAAGAUGAUUCAGAGAGAGGCCAAAGGGAAUGUUUGAGCACCUACCCUGUCUGGUAUUGUGCGAUACGUAAGAGAUAGGUAUAUGGUUCAACCUUUUUAUAGUUAUAUGGCUUAUACAGUUUAACCUUUAACGACACUCUGGGAAUGGACAUACUUGUACAACUUCCUCAGUAUAGGGGCAGAACCCAGGAUUCCUCACUCAAUAAGCUCCAUUAUGUCCACUGCCUUUGGCUAGUUUCUGUUUAGGGGACCUGGUCCUUUCUUUACAAAGGCUUGAUUCUGUGAGAGUAAUUUAUUGGCUGUCCCAGGACACACAUCCGUCCUGCUUCCCCCACCCCAACUGUCCUUUUCCCACUCUCAACAAGGAAGGCAGUUUCUUCAGUCUUCAAAGAUGGGAGACCCGGCAGGCGGAAGUGGGCGGCACGGGGAUGGGUGUUAAUCCCAAGUUCAUCGCCCUAAAGCCAGGCAUCCAGAGAGGCUGCUUUGGCCCUACCCCGGUAAAGUGGGGGCAGCGCCCCCUGAUCAGGGACCCGGACCUUUAAAAAGAUCGAGCUGAGGCAUCACAUCAGGAAAGCCUUUUUCCUCUCCUCAACUCUAGGGUGCAGCCAUAGUUCCAAACGGAAAACAACUCCAGGGCAACCGGCACAGUCCACGUCAAUCUGGCCCAGCGCCGUGGAGACCGUUGCACGAGCCAAUGAGUUCCUGCCACGUAACAGACCCCUCUCCCCACUCCAGCCUGCCGCGGCCUCCGCCACGAGUCGCUGACCCGGAGCUAAAGGCCCUGCGCGGCGCUGUAUUCUGGCGUCACUUCCACUACAGCGAUGGCGGCGCAGGGAGCAGCUGCGGCGAUUGCGGCGGCGACUUCAGGGGUCGCGGGGGAGGGCGAGCCCGGGCCUGGCGAGAAUGUGGCAGUCGAGGGGACCUCCCCGUCCCCGGGCCGCGUCUCUCCGCCGACCCCGGCGCGUGGCGAGCCAGAAGUCACCGUGGAGAUCGGAGAAACGUACCUGUGCCGGCGGCCGGAUAGCACCUGGCAUUCUGCUGAAGUGAUCCAGUCUCGAGUGAACGAUCAGGAGGGCCGAGAGGAAUUCUAUGUACACUAUGUGGGCUUUAACCGGCGACUGGACGAAUGGGUAGACAAGAACCGACUGGCGCUGACCAAGACAGUGAAGGAUGCCGUGCAGAAGAACUCAGAGAAGUACCUCAGCGAGCUGGCCGAGCAGCCUGAGCGAAAGAUCACUCGCAACCAAAAGCGCAAGCACGACGAGAUCAACCACGUGCAGAAGACCUAUGCAGAGAUGGACCCCACGACAGCAGCCUUGGAGAAGGAACAUGAGGCGAUCACCAAGGUGAAGUACGUGGACAAGAUCCACAUCGGGAACUACGAAAUCGACGCCUGGUACUUCUCCCCGUUCCCUGAAGACUAUGGGAAACAGCCCAAGCUCUGGCUCUGCGAGUACUGCCUCAAGUACAUGAAAUACGAAAAGAGCUACCGCUUCCACUUGGGCCAGUGCCAGUGGCGGCAGCCCCCGGGGAAGGAGAUCUAUCGCAAGAGCAACAUCUCUGUGUACGAGGUGGACGGCAAAGACCACAAGAACGUGACUCUAAGACUCCUUCCAAUUCCAAACAUGACUGUCCUGGUGAGGAUGCCACUUCUUACCGUGCUGGCACUGGCUGCUGUCUGGAGCCUGGCACUUGCAGGGCAGGGUGGCAGCUCCUGCCCAGGCCUCCAUGGGGCGAGGCGGAGGAGUUACGCCUGCUCCCUGAGCCUGCUUCCACCUCGCGACCCCUCAGAUUUACUGUCAGAACCUGUGUCUGCUGGCCAAGCUUUUCCUGGACCACAAGACGUUGUACUUCGACGUGGAGCCAUUCGUCUUUUACAUUUUGACCGAGGUGGACAGGCAGGGAGCCCACAUCGUCGGCUAUUUCUCGAAGGAAAAGGAGUCACCAGAUGGCAACAACGUGGCCUGCAUCCUGACCCUGCCCCCCUACCAGCGCCGUGGCUAUGGAAAGUUCCUCAUUGCUUUCAGUUAUGAGCUGUCCAAGCUGGAGAGCACAGUAGGCUCCCCUGAGAAGCCACUGUCUGACCUGGGCAAGCUCAGCUACCGCAGCUACUGGUCCUGGGUCCUUCUGGAGAUCCUGCGAGACUUCCGGGG